AUGGAUCCUCAAACUUCUUCUGCCGCGGGCCCCGAGCCGGUGUCAGCUGCGUCCUCGCCACGGGCCUCUAUUGCAUCCUCCCUACAGGGGUCAACUAUUUCCUCAUUCGAUGACGAUGGGCCAUCAGCGAAUGUACGCCUACCAAAGACCCCUGAUAAGUGGGAGAAGCAAGCCAAACGCCACAAGUCAGUUGGAGGUUCCAUUUUCGACCUAGAUCAUUUUGCGUCUGCAUCUAAGAUUACCUAUGAGCAAUUUCUACACCUCCGGGUUCUAUGGACCGGAAAAAGAGCAAAAGAUUUUGCCGACGAAGAUACGCGACGAACUUGGCUCAGAGACGAGCAUUACUUCGAGGCGAUCCAUCUUCUUGCCUCUUUUCCGCCGUGGAAACUUUAUCUGGAUUCCUUGGAAUCGCCUCUUGAUCUCCAGAUCGCGUUUCCUAACCUCGGGACAUUUUCCUUAGUCCGAUACCUACAAGUGAAAUUGACGAAAUACCCGGAAAAUGAGAAUUUUACGCCAAAGUUUUCUCCAAUCGCACAUCGGACGAGAUCCAAAUUCAGCGACAUGCUACGAACAGCCGCGAAGUCCCCAAGCCGGGUAGUCGCACGUAAUCUCUUCUCGACACCAGUUCGGAAUAGACUGAACUCCCUCCCUCUCUCCAGUGAUAGUUUGCCAUCGGUCGCCGAACAAUCUGCCAGAACUGACAUUCCGGAUUCGGUACCUCCGAUCAGCAAGGACACAAAGAACCAACCUUCUGCCGACGACGAGCAGAUUGUCAAUGUCGCGUUAGUUCAUUUUCUAAACGCGGUCACAAUGCAUUUUGUCCCCAUGGCAGAUUGGAGCUUUGAGAGAAAAUCAUUCCAACUUGGAAACAAAAAGAACGGAAAAGGAUACGAAGCAAGAGUGGAUGGGUUUCUAGGUCGUCUUUCCGACCAGCAGGUCAUGGCAAUCUUGGAAGUUAAGCCAUGUGCACGAUUUAGGCAACGCAGCAAUAUUCGGAUGCAGGAAUCUGGACAGAUGGCUGCGUGGAUUUGUCAGUUUCCAGAUCACUGCACUAGCCCAGACUCCAAUGGGAAUUUCACACGUCUCCUGGUGUCGCAGGAUAGGGACGAGGUUUACCUAACGUUGGCGACAUUCGGCGAGGAAUAUGUCAAGUAUGUAUCAGGAACCCUGAAUGCCAAAGCAAAAUCAUCGGGAAAGUCAAACCCAGGGCCAUUUCUGCGGAUGAACGAAUUUGGCCCAUUUCUCACGAAUAUGAAGUCUCAUAUGAAAUGCCUAGGAUAUUAUAUCCUAGCAUUUACCCUCCAGGAGUGCGGUCAGACGAAUGAGGCAGGCAUCGUAGGACAGGAGGGGACUGAUGGGAAGGGCAAAGGCGUCAUGGGACAAGAGGAGACGGGUGGAAAGGGCAAAGGUGUCGUGAGGGAAGUAUGA